AUUGACAUUUUUGGUUCAUACAACGAGAAAUAAAAAAGGCUUAUGACAAAUAAGUCUCUUUUCUAAGCCUAGCGAAGUUUCAAAUUCUAUAACUUGCUCAAUCUUUUCUAACUGCUCACACUAGCUAAUACAUUAUCAUAUACAAGUUAAGAUUUCACAAAAGAGCCAAGAAGAAGAACUAUGAGGAAGCGUCAAGUGGUGUUGAGGAGAGCAUCGCCUGAGGAGCCUUCUAGAAGCUCCUCGACGGCUUCCUCUCGGAUGGUAAGAGGUGUGAGAUACGGCGAGUGUCAGAAGAACCACGCCGCAGCAGUUGGAGGCUACGCCGUUGACGGCUGCCGGGAGUUCAUGGCAAGCAACGGAGAGGAAGGUACGGUGUCAGCGCUAACUUGCGCCGCCUGUGGCUGCCACCGCAGUUUCCACCGGAGAGAAACCGAGGUUGUUUGCGACUGUGAGUCACCUCCCUCGACUGGGAAUUAGACCAGCAAAACUAGAGCUGGCUAAAAAAUUGUUCCUGUCUUUGUGUUAUAUAUAUAUAUAUAUAUUUUUUUUUUUUGGAGCAAGUCUUUGUGUGUUAUAUAUUCUCAUAGGGUGAAACUGAAAAUAUUAUAGCUUUCUUAAUGUCAAGGAUUUGUGUCUAUUUAAGAAUUUUCAAAGUACACUUAUUAUAUAUUGAAAGUGGUAAAAGAUUUAUUGUAAUUGGAUGCGUUCUGAGUUUGAGAAUGUUUUGGAAAAUUGGGUUUUAAAUGAAAUGUGAAGAUUAUUGUUUUUUCAUGUUUUAUAAUGUUUGAUCUUUUUCGGUAUUGGUUCUCUCAAUUAAUUAUUCGAUAUAUUUUAAUUUGAUUCUUUGAGACCACUGCUUUAGUUUUUGUUUUCGCAUGGGAAUUGUGGAGUUAAGCUUGAAACUGUUGUUGUCUUAUAGCACUAUUACAUACUUGCUGAUUAUGGCAUGAUAAGAUCAACUUCCUUCACGAAUAUGCCUUGCAUAUAUUCAUGUUUAUAAUUCUAAAAUAGUAUUAAUUUUAUUAUUCUAAUCUUUUAUUUUUGCUUUAGAAGUGAGAUCUUUCAAAUUUUUAUAUAACAUGAUUAGAACAGAUAAAAAAAACUUUGAAAUAAAAAGGGAGGAAGAGGCCCACAAAUCUAAUCCUUGUUGGUUGCUAACUUGCUAUGAUGAAAAAACAGUCUUUAAUUGAUUUAUUAAAGAACCGUUAAGGCUAAUUAAUGAUCAUUCACAAUAAUGGCCUGUGAGUCUGUGACUUCUGAGGUCCUCUAUAAAAUCAGAAAUAGGUGGGAAUUAAUCUAAGAAUCUAACUGACUACUCCCAAAUAAAGUACGUACAUUAACAAAGCAAUAAAUAUAAUGAAGGAAUGCCAAAAGAAGAAAAAAAAACGACAUUGAUAUAACUGCUAUAAAUUAAUUACAACAUUCUGUAUCACAUUUAGUUUGUUAAUUGAAUUCAAAAUUAACAUAAACAACUGAGGAAGUUAGAUAUUUUCGUACGAAGAAAAUUAGAUAUCUUUGGCUGGUUUAUAGAUUUGAAAUGACAUGUGAACUGUAUCAUCAUGAACGUACAUUGUUAGGUAUAUGAGUAUGGAGAGAAACAAUUCCAACUGCAUAUGUUUGUUAGCAACAUUGUGCCGAACUUGGUCAGGCCAAUGUCGAUUUUAAAAUCCCUAAAUUUUCAUAUAAAUAUUAAAUAUAUUGACAUAGUAAAAUGAGAAAAUAUAUAAUGUGUAUAUGUAUAUAUAUUCUAUAUUGAGAAACAAAUAUUUAACAUUUUAUUUUGUAUCAAUUUACAGCACAUGUGAUAGAUAGCAAAAUGAAAAAAGUUUUUUCAAGCGGGUUUAAUUAGAUCAGCACAUAUUCACAUCAUAUUUCCAAUUUCUUUAUCAUGAACCUAGCUAGUUAUAUUUCUAAGUUCUCAGACACUCAUUCACUUGCGACUCAUUAAUCAUAAUACAUAGUAUCCCAUCGUGAACACGUACCUUACAUUCCAGUUCUGAUAUUCUCGAUAUAUUACACUAUUCGCAACUCCAUUUUCAUAUCGAUCUUUGGUUCAAUCCUACUCAUGCUGUUUAUUAGAUUUUAAAAGAGAGAACUUUUGCGAUUCGAUUAACCCCGAGGAUUACGAGCUAGCUACUAUGGAUUGUAUUUGUACAUAUAUCGACCUAAACUAGACCAAUUAUCUUCUAUCGAUCUUCAAAAACUUAGCAACUGAUUAGGUCAAAUUUAACAUUUUACCCCAAAAAAAAUUGAUUAGGUCAAAUCGUAUCUUAUAUAUUGGUUCUUCAAAAAAACGAUCCAGAUUAGGUGAACAUAGAGAUCACUGAACAAUUAAUCCUAGUGAACCAAACAAAUAUUAGAGACUAUUUUGGUUUAUGCUGGUUUUACUAUUUGUGGAAACCAAAGAAGCGAUUGGGUUCACUAACUGAUCAACGGAAGUAACCGGAGAGCGGCUAAGGGCGUUGAUUAUACGGCAUGAACCACCAUUGACUGACGAAUAGAAAAAAAAAUCAAAAUACUUGAAAUUUUGAAAAUUUAGCAACCCUUUGUGACAACCCAUCCUCUCACUAGGAACUUAGGUUCACAGCGCUGCAGCGCACCGACCCCAACCUCUCCAUUAUGAGUCCUUUCUGACUCCAUAAUUAGGUUGUUGGUGAGACUCGAACCCAGAUCCUCACCCUUUAACAACACUCCUCCAGGAUGAGUUGUCACCAAUUGACAUGCAGAUCAAUUGGUGACAACUCAUCCUGAAGGAGUGUUGUUAAAGGGCGAGGACCUGGGUUCAAGUCUCACCAACAACCUAAUUAUGGAGUCAGAAAGGACUCAUAAUGGAGGGGUUGGGAUCGGUGCGCUGCAGCGCUGUGAACCUAGGUUCCUAGUGAGAGGAUGGGUUGUCACACCCUUCUCCGUCUAGAUUUAGACCUUAAAUUACUCCGUUAUUAGUUCUGAAAUGAAAAAUCAUUCACAAAUAGUCUAAUACUCCCUCUGUUUUUAAUUAUAAGUAGUUUUACUUAAAAGCAUAAAUAUUUAGAAAGUUGUUAUCUAAAAAAAUAUAUCAUUUAAUCAAUUAAUUUAACCAAUUAUAAAAAGCUUAACAUUAUUUUAUUGGUCAUACAAUAUCCAAUAAAUGAAAAAGUGCAUUGAAAUAUGUAAACUACUUAUAUUGUGAAACAAACUUUUUUUGCUAAAACUACCUACAUUUAAAAACAGAGGGAGUAACAGAAUUGUUGCGGAUGGUUUUCCGCUACCAUCAGUGUAUUAAAGUUUUAGUUGAACAAAAUUGAUUUUGUAUGUUAAAUGAGUGAGUCGGUUUAAUGUUUAACCUAGAAGCCCAAAAUUGUGAAUAAGCCCAUUCAUAUCUGUUAUUUUUCCUUCACAAGACACCAUAUAAAUCAGACGAAACAGAUAUUUCCAAAAACAAAAGAAAAAAAGGAAAGGAAAACAGCGUAAAAGGAAAUUACAAAACCCGCAAUCACCGUCAUCAAAAGGCGUCAAGAAGCAGUACUGUAUUUUUUUUAUUUAUAAACAGUAAAAAACAGUACUAUCUUGUGGAUUAUGGUAAAAUCCCAAAGUCUCAAAAUCUCUUUAAACUCUUGUUUUGAUUGAAAUAAGCUGUAAUUUUAUAUUUUUUGAUCUAGAAUUAACGCUGAAACCUUUUUUAUUGUAGCUGUUUGAUUAUUUUCUGUAGAAUAUUGGAUAUAGGUUUAAAGAGAUUUAAUUAUUUAUUUCUAUUUUUUGAAACAAUAUAUAAGUGUUCAAAAUAUUUUGUUUUCUAAAAGUUUUUUCUAAAACAUAAUUAAAAAAAUUAGUUGUAAAAUUUUUCUAGAACAUCUUUAAAAUACUCGCCAAUCAUCACCAAUCGUCACCGAAGUCUCUUAGACUAUUGUUCCAGUAAUCGUCUUAGAUCAUUAUUAGUGGUCAGAUAUCCUCUUACCAUAUAUAAUAUUAAUAGUUUUGUAUUUGAUUAAUUGUUUAAAUUUAUUGAAAAAGAAGGUUCGUGCAAUUAUAUUAUGACAUGUGUGUUUGGACUUCUCAAACAUUUUUGAAUAUCUUAAAUGAGAUAUUCAUUUGGCGUAAAAAUAUAUAUUCAUUUUAAAUUUUUGUUUCCUCUUUUUUUUUCUGUAUUUUUAACAUAUUUUAUCAUCUAAAACCUCUUUAAAAAUCUUUGUUGAAAAUUUGCUUAAUUCAAAAUUUAUUUGAUUUAUUAGAUUUUAAAAAUAAAUAUUAGUUAAUUAUUGCUUUAUUAUGUAUAAGAAUGAUUUAUUUUAUGUAUUAUUACCGAGGAAAAAUGUAAGAUAUGACAAUCCAUAAAUAUUUGUUUUUAAUUUAUAUAUUUGUUAAAUAAAAAAAAUUGAGUGGUGAAAGUUUGUUUCCAAUGAGUUCAAAACAAAACUAAGUUUUCAUGUUUAAGAACCUCAUUGCUAGUGUGCUAUCUUAUAUAGAGUCUUAGGAAAGGUUUAUGAAUAUUAAACAAUUUUUAUAGUCAUUAUAAUCGGAUUUUUUGUCAUCAAAACUAUAAACUCAAUUAACCAAACUGGAGAACUACAAUCGCUUUCUAUGACAAGCAUAAAUAAAUAAAACCCGAUCUUUUUAUAGAUGCUGAAAAGUGAAAAAGAACACAAUUCACAGCUGGUUAUGGAAUCUUCAGCAUCUAUAAAAAUAUAAACAUAAAAUUAUUAAAUGGGUGUUUUAGCCACUGCGAUCGUUUUCAUAGGUGUUCUAGUAUUGCAUUCUCCUAUUUAUUCUCCCGGUCAUUUCUUAUUUUUUAUUUUAUUCUCCAAGAAAAAAGACUACGAAUAUUAAUUUUUUACUUAACAGAAAACGUGUUUAAUUAUCACAUGGUGGAUUAAAAGGUUUAGUUUCUUAAAAAGAAACUCAUCUUGAGAAGACAACACUAAGCUGGUACUUUUGG